AUUGAAAAUAUUUACAGACUUGGCGUGUUAGCUACCGACGGAUAUUGCAGACCUUUUGAUAUAAAUGCAUCAGGUUAUACUCGGUCCGAGGCUAUAAAUUGUUUAUUCUUACAACGAAGGCGGGAUGCUAAACGUAUUUAUGCGAGUGUUGUUUAUUCAAAAACGAAUUGCGAUGGUUACAAACCUGAAGGAAUUACAUAUCCAUCGGGAAAACUUCAAGAGCAGCUAAUUUCUGAAUUUUAUAAUGAAAUUGAUGUUAAACCUAGUAACUUAGGAUACUUAGAAGCUCACAGCACUGGAACUGUGGUCGGUGAUCCAGAAGAAUGCCGAGCAAUUGAUAGCGUGUUGUGUAGUCAGCGCCAGGAACCUUUACUGGUUGGUUCAGUGAAAUCUAAUAUAGGUCACUCUGAGGCGGCGUCUGGUAUAUGUUCAUUAAUUAAAGCGUGCUUUGCAUUUGAAACUGGAAAAAUUCCUCCAAACAUAAACUUCCGUGAGGUAAAACCUGAAAUUGCUGCUUUAUCGGAAGGCCGUCUAGUUGUGGUAAAAGAUGUUGUGGAUCUAGGGAAGCCUUAUAUAGGAGUAAAUUCAUUUGGUUUUGGUGGAGCCAAUGCACAUGCACUCUUAAAAGCGUUCGACAAACCUAAACUUAAUAAUGGCAUACCAUGCGAUGAUAUUCCAAGAUUGUUGACUUGGGCUGGGAGAACAGAGGAAGCCGUCAAUCACAUUUUCAAUACUGUGGAAAAGAAGACUUUGGAUGCUGAGUUUUUUGCAUUAUUACAUAACAUACAAAAAGAGGAAGUCACCGGAAUGGUAUUUCGUGGAUUUGGUGUGUUCGAAAAAUGUCAAACUAAUCAAGCAAAGACUCUUGCUAGAGAUGUCCAACAUUUCACUGGCAUAAAACGUCCUAUUGUUUGGGUAUUUAGUGGUAUGGGUUCACAGUGGACAGAGAUGGGAGCUUCGCUGAUGCAGAUUCCCACGUUUUUGCAAUCGAUAAAGCGAAGUCAUAAUACUUUACAAUCAAAAGGGCUAGACCUAAUAAGCAUACUCACAUCUGCAGAUUUAAGUACUUUCGACAAUAUAAUGCAUUCAUUUGUCGGUAUUGCUGCAAUUCAAAUUGCUUUAGUCGACGUUUUGCGCUCUUUGAACAUCGAACCGGAUUACAUUAUUGGUCAUUCCGUGGGCGAAUUAGGAUGUGGUUAUGCUGAUGGAUGUUUCACAGCUGAACAAAUGAUUCUUGCUUCAUACUACAGAGGGAAAGUUAGUCUAGAAAUGGAGAAAAUUAAAGGUUCGAUGGCGGCAGUUGGAAUGGGCUUCAAAAAGAUUGCUAAUAUGCUGCCUGAUGAAAUUGAAGUAGCUUGCCGUAAUAGUUCAGACUCUUGCACUAUUUCUGGUCCAGCUAACGACGUUGCCAAAUUUGUGGCCGAUUUAAAAGCAAAAAGUAUUUUUGCCAAAGAAGUUCCUUGUUCAAAUAUUGCUUACCAUUCCCGCUACAUAGCUCAUAUGGGACCUGAAUUUUUGAAAUAUUUGCAGCAAAUAAUACCAAAUCCGAAAUCCAGAAGUGAAAAGUGGCUCAGUACAAGUGUCCCAAAAAAUGAAUGGGAUCAACUAGGGCGUAAUCUGUGCUCAGCGGAGUAUCACGCUAAUAAUCUUUUAAAUAGUGUUCUAUUUGAGGAUACUUUUGAUCUGUUGCCCAAUAAUGCAAUAACGAUUGAAAUUGCACCCCACGGAUUGUUGCAAGCUAUUCUAAAGCGAUCAAUGCCGAAAGGAGUACAUAUUCCCCUUACCCAACGUAAUAACAAAAACAACACUUUGUUCUUCCUCUCCGCAUUGGGAAAAUUGUUUAGCAACGGUGUUACAUUCCCUGUAGAUAUGUUAUAUCCAAAGGUAGAAUUCCCAGUGUCGAAAGGUACUUCAGGUAUAAGUUCACUGGUGCGUUGGGAUCACAGUGAAGAUUGGUUUGUAACAAAAUAUGAAAACAUGAAAACUAAGUCGAGUGGAGAGCGGUUAUAUAAAAUAAAUUUGAGUAGCGAUAAUGAAGAAUUUAUGAGCGGACACGUGAUUGACGGUAAAAUUUUAAUUCCGGCUACUUGUUAUCUUCAGUAUGUAUGGGAGACAUAUUCUUUGAUGUACCACGGUCCUAGCUACAUGGACGUUCCGGUUGAGUUCGAAGAUGUACGUUUCUUGCGGGCAACAAAUAUGUCAUUAAAUGGAAAUGUAGAGCUGAACGUCAUGAUUCAUUAUGGAACUGGACAAUUUGAGGUAAUAAAUAUUACGUUUUUUUUUUUCAUAUACAUUAGAUGCCUUAUUUUGCUAAGGUAUUUCAGAGUAGUAACCCAGUGGGAAUUAGGAGCACAUAUUAGCGUGAUACAAAUAACUUGUACGAACGCGGUAGAUAAUACGAAUUUCGAAUACUCGCAAGUUACAAAGAAUUUGGACUAUUAA